UUUCAGACUAUUUACGAUACCUUCCGAAAUGACAAGGACAAACUAGAAACCUUGGAAAAAUGAAUUUGAACCCCCAUCUCGCUUCGACAUCCUCCUCUACAACAUCAUCCACAUCAUCUACCGAGUUUCCACGUGUAACUGUGAAUUCUCGUCGUGCUCAUUUACCUCAUCACUUAUCAUCAAAUGGCAUCCAGCAACCGCACAUUUACGCUUGUUCAGAUGAAAAUUCGUAUUAUGCGUCUCCGAUCUUCUUGACUCGAACGAUAGACGAACCUCCGAAAAAACCUGCGCCAACGUUAAGUCGACAGUCCACGUGUCGGCCGACGAGUCAACUUUACCUACCGAGCAAGAAAAGGAAAACUAGGAGUUGCUUGGGCCGGUUAACAACGCUGGAAACGUUGCUUCUAGUAUUUCUUGGUCUCCUUAUCACCGCUCUUCUUUCUGUGUUAUUUUUAUGGUUAUGGGUACUUGACGGAUACAAAACGUUCACUGAUGGUCGACCGAUAUAUCCGUUACCGUUUGAAAAUUCGUCAGUUGCAGUCGAUCGAUCAGCAAAGAAUCAUAAUGACGUGGUAUGCACGUCACGAGAGUGUGUACGGCUCGCAGGUUUUUUGGCUGAAAAUUUGAAUUCAAAGAUAAAUCCGUGUGAAGAUUUUUACGAAUUCGCUUGCGGUAACUACGGACUGAACAAAAAUCUCCCAGCCAACAAGCCACUUCGUCAUACAAUUAGCGAUGUGCAAUCACGACUGAACAAACAGGUCAAAUCAAUGCUUCAAUCGCCGAUUUCCGCAAAUGAAAAACCGUGGGAUAAAGUUGCAAAAGGAUAUUAUCAAAAGUGUUUGGAUGAGGAAGAAUUAGAAUCCACUGGAGUUGAGGCAAUGCGGGAUAUUGCAAAGAGGAUUGGAGGAUGGCCAACUCUAGAAGGAGACAAAUGGCAAGAAUGGUCCCAUUCUUGGGAAGAACAAAUUGCUCUGGUACUAAACCUGACUGGGGUGAAUGCAGUGAUUCUUGAGAUGGCUGUGACCCAUGAUCCAUCAAAUAGCAGUCGAAGUGUUAUUGAAUUGGAUCAACCAAAAUGGGGUGCAGGUUCCCGUUAUCCAUACCUAAGUGGUGCCAAUGAUCCGAUGCUGCGAAAUUAUACAACUCUCAUGAAAAUGACUGCAGUCGCAUUGGGAGCUGAUCCAGCAAUUGCCGAAAAAGAAAUGAAUGAGGCUAUGGAAUUUGAAUUGAAGCUAGUGAACUUCUCGGCAGAUGAUAUGGUUCGAAGAGAUCCUGAGAGAGGAAAUAAUCGAUUCGAAUUGUGGCAAUUGAAAAGUGUUUUUCCAUUUAUAAACUUCGAAAAGUACCUUAAAACCGUAUUCAAGGAGUUGGUGGCGUUGUCUCCAAACCAUACAGUGAUUGUCAGAGAGAUCGAUUAUUUUGUGGGAAUUCAGCACGUGCUCCAAUCAACUCCAAAACGUGUUCUGGCCAACUACAUCUCAUGGCGUUUGGUCCAAGGUGGGCCGACCGGAGACUAUUUCAGUUUCUCACCAUUUUUGCCACCAUCUGCACGUGAGCCAUUCUAUCAAUUCAAAGCAAAUCAAACUGGAAUGUUCAAUAGUCCACCACCAGACAGAUGGGAGGAUUGUGUAACUCUAUCAGUAAUUAUGAUGGACAUGCCAGUUGGACGACUGUUUGUGGAAAACUUUUUCGAAAAGGAAAGAGCUAUGAAAAAGAUGACCGAGCUCACUUCCUAUCUCAAAAAUGAAUUCAUCAAACAACUUCACGUACUCGACUGGAUGGACGAGAUAACGAGACGUCGUGCAAUUUCAAAGGCAAAUAUGAUCGAGUAUAAAUCAGGAUUCCCAAUGGUUUUAUUCAAUGACACUUGGAUGGAAAAGAAUUGGGGAAUGAUUAUAAAGCCACGCGAAUAUUUACUUCAUCUCACAAUUCGUGUAAAAUUGGUCAGAUUCACAGAAGAGCUUCUCCGUCUUGAUCAACCAUUGGAUAGAAGCAUGUGGUUCCAGAGUCCUGCUCAAGUUGAUGCAUAUUAUGCUCCAAAUAAUAAUGAAAUGAUCUUCCCCGCGGGCAUCAUGCAAUUCCCGUUUCUAACUCUUGGAGUUCCAAACUACAUCACUUACGGAAUGGUUGGAGCAGUCAUUGGACAUGAAGUAUCUCAUGCAUUUGAUGAUCAGGGAGGACAAUACGAUGAAAUGGGGAAUUUGAAUGAUUGGUGGGAUGCUGAAACAGAGGAAAAGUUCAUCGAGAAAACAAGAUGCUUUGUAAGGCAAUAUGAGAAUGUGCACGUAGUUGAGGCAGAUAUUCAUUUGAACGGUCAACUAAGUCUUGGAGAGAAUAUUGCUGAUAAUGGAGGAGUCAAGACAGCUUUUAACGCGUACAAGGCAUGGAAAUCAAAUACAACAGGAAUCAGUGAACCUGCUCUACCAGGAUUCCAGAACUUCACCAGUCAACAGAUGUUCUUCUUGGCUUAUGCAAAUAACUGGUGUUCAUUGGUUCGUCCAAAACAUUACAUUCAAAUAAUUCUAACAGACGUGCAUGCUCCAUCAAAAUAUCGUGCAAUGAUUCCACUUCAAAACCGUCCAGAAUUCGCGAAAGCGUUCCAAUGUCCUAUUGGAUCCCCGAUGAAUCCAGAGAGAAAAUGCCAAGUUUGGUAGUUUUUUGUUUUAAAAAACAAUUUGUAUUAUACAUUUUCAUUUUCCCCAAAUUAUAACUUCUCGCAACCGGUUUUCUCAAUGUGCAACAAAAAGAGUUCAGUGACUUUUUCAAAAUUUCCCGCCAAAGUUGAUUUUUUUCCAAAUCAUCUUCCCAUUGCUUUAUUAAUUUUUCCCCGAGUGUGUUCUAUAAUUGUUUCAACGAAUUUUCUCUUAUUUUUUAGUUAUUUUUUUGCCAUUUCGAAUGCUUCUUCUCCACCGAAAAUCGCUAAUUUGAUCUCAUUAAUUCUAUCUCCAAAGUCUGUUUUUCUUGUGAAAUAAAAAUAAAAAUGUUUC